AUGGUAUUCGUUUCGCUACCGAGAUACCACUGGCAUUAUAAAGCGUGGCAAAGACUCACAGCAGGAUACCUUAGAACAUUUGUCAAAAAUAGACUGCCAAACAACGAACUCAUAGGAUAUGUUAUCAACGAUAAACACCCUAAAAGCAUAAGGGUAGCAUGUGAUAGAUAUAUGUAUGUAGUCAGAUACAAAAAAACAUUCCGGAUGACAAAAAAAGUAUGGGCACACGACGAACAUAAGGAGGCAAAACUAGGUGACAUCGUAAGAGUUCAACCCUUGGGAUAUCGCAUAGGACCCUGGAAGACAUAUGUGCUCUCCAGAGUACUACAUACACAGGAUCCACACCUCAAAAACGAUCAAAAUGAACAUAACUUUGAUUAA